AUGCCUGGCGGUCGACAUUAUCUUGUGAAAUCGUUAACCAAUAGUCACGAAGUUAAUAUAAAAGAAUAUAUACAAAAAAGUGAUAAUAUUAAACCAAUUCAUUUUCAAUGUACUUGUUCAGACUUCAAAUUUCGUGGAAUUGCAUGCAAGCACAUUUUUACAGUGUGCCGAAAGUUCUAUCCAGUAUCGAUUUCAUAUGUUGCUUUUGCUCAGGAGGUGAAUGAGCCUGAAGAGAUUCCUGAUAUUAUUUUUGAAGAUUGGAUUGGAGCUAUUCGAAAAGUAUGGAAUCGAUAUGACCAAAUAGACCGAAACCAAAUGACCGGUACCAGCUUGGAAGCAAUUGUAGAUGCAGGAAUGAAAAGAAAAUCCAUUAUUCCUUUAUAUGAUGAAUGCGUUAUUCCUGAUUCUGAAAUGAAUGGAACCUAUUAUC